CCUUCUUCACUACUAAUGGCCUUUUUCCAUUGCCGUUCCCACCAUUCGACGCCGCUUGCCACUUCUCUUCCGGAACCCACCUGAGAAAAAACCAAACACUUUUUCUUUUCCAUUUCUAGCCCCCUCAUGGGUUACUUAGCUUGCAACGCAGAGUCAGCCGUGGCCGUUUGUGAUCCAUACAACUGGGAUUAUUGUCAUAGAGGAAAAUCCAAGAAAAACAAACCCAGAAAAACCAAAAACAACGUUGAAAUCAGACAGUUUCGCUACACUGAUCUCCUUUCCGCCACCAAUGAUUUCUCUUCCGACAGCUUUCUAGGCAAAGGCAGUCACGGUUCUGUCUACAGAGCUGUCCUAGACGAUGGCAAGUUAAUCGCAGCCGUUAAAAAGACGACAAUAAACUGUAGCAGUCCCGCAGACAACGAGAUUGAGAUUCUCUCCCGAGUUUAUGAUCCUCGUCUCGUCAAUCUCAUCGGUUACUGUUCCGAUACCCUUUCUAGGAAUAAAUUAAUCGUUGUGGAAUAUAUGCCCAACGGUUCUUUAUACGAUCUUUUACAUUCUUCUUCUAGACCGCCGGGUUGGUCCAUGCGUGUACGGUUCGCCUUACAUGUUGCAAAAGCAGUUCAGGCUUUGCAUUCGGCUAACCCGCCUGUAAUCCAUAGGGAUAUAAAAUCGUCAAAUGUUUUGAUCGAUCAUAACUGGAACGCGAGGUUGGGUGAUUUCGGGCUUGCAUUAAGAGGAAACGUGGAGGAUGUACGGGUUAAGAGCACCCCACCGGCGGGGACGUUAGGGUAUCUCGACCCGGGUUAUUUGGCACCUAGUGACGUCAGCACUAAAAGUGACUUGUUCAGUUACGGCAUUUUGCUAUUGGAGAUUAUCAGUGGGAGACAUGCCAUUGACUUUAAUUACAGUCCCCCAUCGGUAGUUGACUGGGCGGUACCGUUGAUCAAGGGAGGAGAUUUCGCAGCAAUUUGCGACGGUCGUGUCAGGCCACCGGUGGAUAAGGAGGUGAUCAGGAGUUUGGCCGUAUUGGCGGCUAAGUGCGUCAGGUCCACAGCGGAGAAACGCCCCGGAGUGGCCGAGGUGGUGGAAUGUUUGAAGUUGGUGAGGAAGAGAGUUUACGCGGGACCUGUUUGGAGAAAUCUAAGGCGGCGCGUGAAACGAGUGGACAAGCCGUUGGUGAAGAACCAGGUGUUUGAGGGUAGCGAGGAGGUGGUAAGGGGUUCAAGGUGUGGAAGUCGGAGAAAUAGCCGAAAAGUAUCGAGUGUGAAUGUAGAUCUCAACACUGAUUUGAUUAGCGAUCGUGUGGUGAGGUCGAAAUCGGUUGGUUCGUUUGGAGGGGCGGCUAUGAUGAUGAAGAUGGGACCCACAGAGAUUGAAUUGGACGGUGACCACGUGGCAUUGGUAAACAAAAGGGCUGGAGUAACGGGGAAAACGCCGCUGGUGAAGCUGAGCAAGUCAAGGUCUAUGGGAGUUUUGCAAAGUCGGAAACUAAUGAAUCAGAACAGCAAAAAAUACAUAUUCGAAAUCGGGAAAAGAAGAAAUUCGAAUGAAUUCGAUAUGUCAAAAUUGGUUAUCAGUUUUAAUGAUGAGAAAUCCGAGAGAAAGAUGUUAGAAAACCCCUUGGUUUUGGUUUAGAUCGAUGUUUAAAAAGAUAAAGAUUUGAUGUUGUUUGAUGAUGGAUUUUGAUACACAGAAGGAUGGAAACUGUCCAAACUCCAAAAGGGCGGGGCUAUGUGUUUCUUUUCAACGGUUCUUGGCGGCAAAGAUGUAAAACCUGGAAUCCAUCAACUUACAAGACCUUAUCUUCAAAAGGGGUGCUGUUGAUCAAUGAGUUACUUGUUUCCAUUUAGAAAAUUGAAGUGAGGCAAAACUUCAACUGUAUGUUGUGGAAGAAUUGAAUUAUUUCUUUAUAUUUGAUUUGCACCAUCUGAUAAUUGUAGUUUACAAUGAUUCGUUUCUGUUGAAUUCUGUUUGUAACUGUUUACUUAAAUCUGAAAUUAUUUUAAGAAUGAAACUAUUUACUAUUUGCUGAUUGUUCUUUUUCUAUUCAAAGCUCAUAAUUUAGCAAAAUGAUGUUCCUAUCUGGAUCUUUAACUUCAUCACCAAUAAUCUUUGCUCCAAACAAAGGGCUCUAAUGGCUAUUCAUUAGCGUCCAUUGUUUUAGAGAUUCUGGUUGAGAGAAUUGGGGUUAUUGUCAACUUGGUAAGAAAUUUGUCAUAAGGGUAAAAACAUAAAGGAACUGAGAGGAAGUGCUUUUGAGCCGGUACUCAUGGUAGCUAGGCAACAAAUUUAACGAUCAGUUUCUUGUCAUUACUACAGGGCUUAUAUUGUUUUACUAAGUGAUUUAUGUUUGGGACUGUUUCUAGUGUUUGCUAAGUUUCAAACUUUUAAUGC